UUCAUAGCUGCUGUUUGUCUGCUGCUGGGAGUGUGUUCCAGCUCUCGCCUCCUCCUUCACAGUAUCCAAGCUCCAACCUCUAGCUUGGCUCUUCUCUCUCCAUCUUCUCCAGCUAAAACAGUAGCAGUAACAGGGCAAAAGCAGAGCUCUCAUUCUCUCUCUCUCUGUGUUUGUUAAGUUAUAGCGCAAUGCAACUCCCUGCCGUGGCUAUCCUCUUGUUCCUGUUCUCUUCACCAACAUUAACAUCCUCGGAAGCAUCAUCUUCUUCUUCAUUUCAGGCACCUUCAGCUCAAGGUUUGCAGAAUAAGGUGAAGUUUGGUCUACACUUACAUAGAGCUGAAGGGUUGUUUGGGGAAGCACCCAUCAGUGAGCCGGUCGACAACGCUCUGCUCAUCUUAGCUGCCCAACGAACUCGCCGAAAGGACCCUCUGAACGGGUUUGACAGAUACACUGGAGGAUGGAACAUCGAGGACCGCCAUUACUGGGCUUCUGUGGGAUUCACUGGAGCUCCGUUGUUCGCCGCUGCAGCAAUAUGGUUCCUCGGCUUUGGAGUAUUCUUGCUGGUCAAUUUUAUUUGCUAUUUCUGCAGCGAAAGGGAGCCUAAAGAGUACUCUCGAGCCACCUAUUCGCUAUCCCUCACUUUGCUCGUGAUCUUCGCCAUUACCGCAGUAAUUGGGUGCUUGAUUCUUUACGCGGGUCAGGGGAGGUUCCGCAGGAGCACGGAUAGAGCCCUAGAAUACCUCGUGACUCAGGCAGAUGCCACCGUAGGAAAGCUCCAACAAGUGUCGGACUAUAUUGGAGCAGCUAAGCAGACUGGAGUUGAUCAAGUCUUUGUGCCUCCGAAUGUACAGACUGAUAUUGAUCAGAUUGGGACGAAACUGAACUCUUCAGCUGGUGAAGUUGCUGCCCGAACGCAAGAGAGUUCCAAUGACAUCCGACAUCUACUGGACUCAGUGCGGUUGGCACUUAUUGCAACCUCGGUGGUCAUGCUUCUUUUGACAUUUCUCGGACUUGCUUUUUCGCUGUUCGGGAUGCAAGUUCUUGUGUACAUCUUGGUCGUAAUCGGAUGGAUGCUUGUUGCUGGAACUUUCAUUUUGUCAGGAACAUUCCUCCUCCUCCACAAUGCUGCCGGGGACACUUGUGUGGCGAUGGAAGAAUGGGUCCAGAAUCCGAGUGCUCACACGGCAAUAGACGAGAUACUCCCAUGUGUGGACAGUGCGACAAUCCAAGAGACCUUGACUCGCAGCAAGGAAGUGACCUACCAGCUCGUAGAGGUUGUCAACCAGGUGAUCACCAAUGUCUCAAACAUCAACUUCUCACCCAACUUCCCAACGAUGUACUUCAACCAGUCAGGCCCGCUCGUUCCGAUCCUCUGCAACCCAUUCCAUGCUGACUUGACUGACCGAACCUGCUCCAACAGCGAGGUGGACUUGAACAAUGCGACCCAGGUGUGGAGAAACUUCGUUUGUCAGGUCUCGCCAACGGGAAUAUGCACCAACACGGGACGUCUGACCCCAGCCUUCUACGGCCAGAUGUCAGCGGUGGUGAACGUCAGCUACGGCCUCUACAACUACAGCCCUUACCUGAUCGAGCUGCAAGACUGCACGGUCGCCCGACAGACCUUCACCGACAUAUACAAGAACCACUGCCCCAGCCUCACGAAAUACAGCAGGUGGAUCUAUGUGGGGCUCGCAAUCGUCUCUGCGGCCGUUAUGAUGUCCAUAAUCUUAUGGAUCAUCUUUGGGAGAGAGCGGAUGCAACGCUCUUACACGAAGCAAUCGGAGGAUGAAACAAUGGAUCAAGUCAAUGAAGGUCGGCACAAGAAUCCCGAAAUUGAACAAUGAAGAAUAGUCAGUUGUUGUGUUAGUGUUAGUUGGAUAAUCUACGAUGAGCUCAAGAGCGGCUGUCUGCGUGCAGUUAGGUACUUCAUGAUUGGGAGCUAGUCCACGUGAAGCCCUCAAUCAUUUUUAGGUAGCGCUCAUGUUCAAUCUUCUCCUAGAAAAGAAUAUUCCAAUUAAAUUAUUUGACUAAUUACAACUUAAUUAUGUGCUAUGGCUAUAUAUAAUAUGGUUCAAGACUACUAAUUAACAAUCAAAUGGGGUUGUGCAGUGGCACACACUUUUACAGGUAA